GAGAUCCCGACGAUUCUCGAGAUCUCGCUCCAAUAGAUGCUCCUGGGUCUAUUAUGUCAACUUCCUCCAGAGAAUAUAUUCCGCGGUCGGAACUCAUAUUGCUUUUAAUCUACUAAUACAGAUCAUUUAGUGUCUAGAACAUAUAACCAGGAAUGUGUUUUAACACAUGUCGGACAGCGUGUCGAAGUGGCGCAUAUUUAUCCCUACUUUAUGGGUACCAUUCCUAAGGAAGAUUGAUUUUGGAGUAGAUCAUGAAUAUUCUGACCUCAGGAGAAAAUUGAUGGAUGGAGAAAUGUUAUCUUUACUGACAAAUCCACUGAAAUCCCGGAAAAUCUAACGACAUUAUCUCCAAGUGCUCAUGCAUAUUUGUCGAAGGCCCUUUUCGCAUUGAAGUUUCUGGAUGCGUCAGAAGAUGGUAAGAGUAUGGAUAUACAACUUUUUUCUUUUUGGCUGCGUCCAUACUAUCGCCUGACAUAUAUCGCCCUUACUACGACCCCGCAAUUGCCCAGCAAUCUGACAGAGUUAAUCAACUAUAUUAUGCUCUUUGACUAUAACACGCAAAAGCAGGCCUGUUCUGGCGACAUCUUGACUUUACGGACCGAUGAUCCUCAGGAGAGACCUUUGCCCAGCAAAGAGCUAUAGGAACUACAGUGGUUAUAACAUCGUUAUAACAUCGCCUUACUGUUCCAAGUGGAGGUGCUGAAGCCUUGUUCAGCAAUUGUGAUCCUGGUGAUAUAGCCUCACACGACUCCUACUAUAUUGAAGAUGAGGCGGAGGAUAUGAGCGAUGUGGAUAGCUUUGUCCAGGAAGAUAUGUACUGGCCAGACCAGCAGGUGCGUGAAUGGAGUGCUCAAACUGCUCAGACCGUUCAGACUACAUGUUAGUGGGGUUUGCAAUAGGAAGUGAGGCAAGGCUAAUAGGAAGGAUGCUAUUACUGUAU